CAAUCGAGUCUUUAUAAUUUGUUUGUACUGCAAAAGUUUUCAGGCAAGACACCCUAUCUUUAUCGUCAUGAUUUGGUUGCACUUUCACAGCGAAAUCUUACGCAGAGGAUAUCCAAGCCAAUGAAUAAAAUUCCAGAGAAAUACCUGCCCAAAAAACUUGCUAUAACCACUCGUCUUCCGGAAACAAAGCAUGUAUUUUGUUACUUUUUAUGUAAUUUACGCUUAUCUAAGAUUUUAUCGCGAAACUCUUCUUUUUUUUCGAUGAAUUGCUCGUGUGAUCAAUUGAUGGCGUUUCGCAGGCGUUCUUUUUUAUUGCCAAAUAGUUCUUUUUUUUUUCAACAAAUAAGCGAUUUUUACCAUUUCAGGGAUGUUAUUCACUGUAAUGUUGCACGAAGCGGUGUAAAUGGUAAUGUAUAUUUGUCGUGCGCAACACCAUCCGCAGUGAUUUUGUUCCAGUGGUACGAGCCGUUAUCAAAAUUUCUCAUCCUGAAAACUGUCGAAAUGCGCAUUCCACGCUUUCCGCUUCGUCCUUUUCAGUUAAUUUAUUCAGCCGGAAGUGACGCCGAUUUUCCGAAAGUCUGUUUAGCUGUGUACAAAGGCGCGGGCCGUAAAUUUCAUCUUCAUUAUGUAAAUUUCAACGAUGAAGCAGUGCACUGUGAUUUGGCAGAAGAGGAUCGCUCCAGAGCUGUAUCUCUCAGCGUUGUAGCAUUAAAGCAAAUUGAUAGGGAUGCAUUACUGCUGUGUUAUGAAAAUCGUUGUGUUGUGAUUAAUCAGGAAGGAGUUGUAAAAUCAUCGCGUCUCUCACCAGCGCAGUUCAAAUUUGGUUUUCAAAUUGAAUAUCUCGUUUCACUUUCCGAUUCAAUCCUGGGCUUUCAUCCACAUGGUGUUCAGGGUCGUGCAUUUGUUGAUGGCUCAAUUACCCAGGAUAUCAACGAUAUUAAUAACAUUUAUCAGGUUGUUGGGAGUGACAAAUUAGUAGUCCUGAAGCGAAGAGAAGCUUCAUCAGCUGCCGAUAUGUGUGAUUUGUGUAUCCUGACCGGGCAUGAAAGCACUCUGGCUGGAUAA